AUGGCUGCCGUUACAUCCUCUUUCUCCCGAAAGCGUACCCGCGAUGACGAUGGCGACCACGAUAUGGAACCACCGGAACCCCAACCUCAGAGAAAGCGAAUGAGGCACCGUGCUAAGAAGCCGGCUGCGACGGCUGCUGCGGAGUAUACCAGUGGGCAAGCGUUUGUGCGAGAACGUGGAUCGGAAUCUGAGAUGGAUUUCGAUGAGGAUUUUUAA